GUGGCGCGCGUGCGUGAGGAGGCUGGAGCUUUGCAGAGCAUGAUAGCGAGGAUCAAGGCGCGCUGUCCCGAGAGAACUCAUCGGAAGAGCCGUCCGUGAAAGACCGGGAUGCUCAUGUAACGCACCGCGGACACGCCUUUUCAUAAGCGCACAGUUUGUGUGACAGAGUUCAGAUCUGAGCACAAGUGGAAGUGAGUGACGGUGUGUGUCAUGGAGACACUGGGCAGCAGAGACAGCCCCAACCUCGGGGAGCCACCCUACAGUAAGGUGCUGCUCCUGGGAGCCAUCGCAGCCGCGUCGGCCUUCGUGGUCACCAUCCUCAUCGUACUUGUCUGCGUGGGUUGCCAAAGAAAAAGCAAGAGCAAGCAUCCACCAGCUGGAGUGAAAGGGACAUCUGUAAAUAUGGGUACGCUUCGGCAUCCUAAGCUGAACUCCAUGAGCAAAUCUGACACCAAGCUGCACGAGAUAAACCGCUUUCCCUGCAACGGAAACAUUCCUAAGAACCGCCCCGCCAGUAUGGACCUCCUGCUCCUUCAUACUCGGCGCUCUCAGACCGACCUGAGGCCCUCCCACGGGCGUCAGCUUCCACAAAUCCCAACUAGCCCCAAAGGGUCUGGACAGGAUGGAGGAGGUGAGAGUGGUGGAGGAGGAAGCGGAGGAGGCAGUGGAGGAGGCGGAGGAGGAGGAGGAGGAGGGGAGUCUAGAGACCAUACCUAUACUGAAGUGGGAAUACGUAACAAUCCUACCCCGACACGCGGCUUGGACGAUGGCCUGUAUGAGAGCGUAGGCAUCCGAGAAGGUGACACCAGUUCAAAGGUUACGUCCGCUUCGCCAUCCACAUCAGCCAACACACCACCCGGCGAGCAGAGCUGCACAAAGCCCCCACUGAGGCCAACGGGGUCCGUAAUGGAACGGGGUUCAGGAACGUACGGCGGCAGAGGAAACAGUUCCAUUAAUGGGCUGACAGCGGGAAGAACCAACAACAUGAGUGUGGUCAACAAAUCCCCUCUGUCCUCUGCUAGCUCUCUGAUCCACCAGGAUCCAACUACAGCUGAGUACGCGUCUGUGCGAAAAUUCAAAAAGGUUGACAAGACAAACAGGAAGGAAAAUAAUGGAGCCGACAGCCAGUCAGACAGCCAAUCAAGUGUGAGCGAUUCGCCCUCUGCUCCUCCGCUCCAUCGCAGUCAGGAGUUUCCUCGCAAACCGCUGGAGCCGUUUCACCUGCACUCCUUCCCGAAGGAGGCUGUGUUCAUUGGCAACGGGGAGCAGUACAUCUGGAAGCCUCCUGAGGAUGAUGACAUCAUCACCUUGCACCCACCUCCGCAUCGGGCAGAGAAGGGACAGGGACAGGGACACCCAUCACCCCCUACUGCCAAGGAGAUCGCAGACACCUACUCCAUCGUGUGUAAAAGCCAAAAGAAAAAACCUCCCAUGGAUUACAGUGGAGCAAAGACCCUGCCGCGUUCCUUUGGUGGGGACAGAGGAAACACGGGUUCCCGAGGCCGAGGUCGAGGGGUCCAGGGCCAGGCUCGUUCCCAGGAGGAGCCCUGCUAUGAGCCAGUGGGAGACAGGUCCUGGUCCACAUGCGCUGUGGCCGAAUCUGACCCCGCGUACGCUACUAUUGACACCCACCGGAAACGUGAGCAGGCAGGAACCAAUAAUAGCACAGUAGGAGGUAUUGCCACUCUGAAGAGGAAGAAGCAGGUGCAGCAGCAGCAGGCAGCGCCGGAGGCACCAAAGAGCUCAGGAUCCACUGCCCCGCCUCAGAGAGGCCUGCCUGGUGGAGAAAACUUUUACGAGACCAUCAGUGAUGUGAAGCAAGGAGGCAGCAGCUCCAGCACCACCACCAUCUUUACCUUCAACGACGGGAUGGAGAUGUACGUCACUGGCCUGUAGCUGGUUGGCACGCCGGAAAAUCUGAGAACCCCCAGGUACAACAUGAAGGGACUUUCUUCUCCACCGGUCAUCAGGUUGCUGUACAUAGAC